AUGUAUGACAACGCUGGUUAUAUCAUUGACCAAAGAAACUUCAUUAGUUGCUUUUGUCUACCUCUAUUGUUUUUAUCCUUAUUGUUAUUUUUCUAUAUCUCACACUUUUCUCUCUCUCUCUCUCUCUCUCUCUCCCCAUUCCUUGUAUCGUUUUCGUUGUCUUCCGUUAUUAUUUUUAUCCUUAUCUUUAUUUUUUCUAUACCUUCCCUCCCUCUCUCACUCUUUCUUUGUCGCCCUCUGUCAUAUUUAUCCUUAUCUUUAUUUUUCUAUAUUUCCACUCUCUCUCUCUCUCUCUCUCUCUCUCUUUUCCCCUAUUCUUUGUAUCUUUUUCUCUACCUCCCUCUAAUUUUUUCUUUUCGUUUGUCUCUCUUUUCAUUCUUUUUCUAUCCUUUCUUGAUUUUUCUUCUUUUUUCUUAUUUUUUCAUUGUUUCUACUUUUCUUUCCUUUUCACAGUUUUUUUUUAUUUCUUUCUGUGCAUUCUUCUCAAACCUUUUACAACUUCUCGUGUUUCUUUUUUUGUUUUGUUGUUGUUUUUUCUCUCUCUUUCUUCACGCAAUAUUUUCUCACAAUCUCUCUCGCGCUUUUAUUCUUUUUUUCUUCCAUUUUAUCCCUUUUAACUUAUUUAAUUCCUCAAAUCCUCGCGCCUAUUUUUUGCUUUUGAUGUCCUUUUCUUCUCCGCUUCUUAAUGCCGCUGUUUUCUUUCUUUUCUUCUUCCUUCUCUCUCAAUCUGUCUAA